UUAUAGUUCAAUGUAAAAACCCUUCUUGUUUGCCUAAAACCCUCACAGACACAGCAAGCAAUCGCAACGCCACCACCAUCACCAUGAGUCUAAUAGCAGGCUCAUACGAGAAAUUCAUAUGGGGCUUCAAGCUCAAAUCCCUAAAACCCAACCCUGAUUCUCAAUCCCUAACCCUAACCCCACUCUUCUCCUACCCCUCCCACCUCUCCUCCAUCACCACAGUUGCCACCGCUGGCUCUGCCGCGGCCUCCGGUGGCUCCGAUGACACCAUCCACCUCUACGACAUGUCGUCCGCCACCUCCCUGGGCUCUCUCCACGACCACUCCGCCACCGUCACCUCCCUCUCCUUCUUCACCCCUCCCCAUCUCUCAUUUCCUCUCAACCUCGUCUCCGCCGCCGCCGACGGGUCGUUUUGCAUCUACGAGGCCGACCCCUUUGUCCUCCUCAAGAGCCUUAAGCCCCACAGGAAGGCCAUCAACGACGUGUCGUUGCACCCUUCUGGGAAGUUGGCUCUGACCGUUGGAAAAGACGAGUGCUUGUCGAUGAUCAACUUGGUGAGGGGUAGGAGGAGCUUCUAUUGCAGGUUGGGGAAGGAGGCUAGCUUGGUGACCUACGAUGGUUCUGGGGAUAAGUUCUACAUGGCUAUGGAAGACAAGGUUAUGGUUCAUGAGGCUGAGGAUGCUCGGUUGCUUUGCGAGUUGGAGAAUUCAAAGCGA